AAUAAUAAUUUAGUUAUACUUAUUUUGUAAGUGUUCGUCAGUGAUACUAAUUUCGAAAUUUUGUUUAUAUUGACGCGUCAGUAUCUACUCACCCACUUUUAAGAUAAUAUUUUCCAUGAGUGACCACUUUUACCACGGACAUCUUGACCUAGCAAUUUUCAAUUUGGUUUAGUCCAUCUUUGAAAUCAAUUAGGACACGUCUAAGAAAUCGGCUUCCUAUCAUCUAUUAUAUUUUCGGAGUUGUCAUCGAGGGUAAAGUAUUAGUAUCAAUUAUCAAUCAUUAAUAAUGGAAAUUCUUAAUAACAAACCUACUGGGCGGCCUUCCACACCAGAUCCACAAUGUUCAAUUUGUUUGAAUGAAUUGACCAAUAAAUGUUAUACCAAUGUAUGUGUGCAUUUAUUUUGUUUUGAUUGUUUACAAUGGUGGUCAAAUACGUGCUUACAGCGAUGUUCAAGUUCAGAACCAACUUGUCCAUUAUGUAAGCAAACAUUCAGAUACAUUUAUCAUUCAAUUGAUGAUAAAGGCGCUUUUGAAACAUAUACUGUUCCUAUAGUAACGAGCCCAUCAACUGUUACGGAUGUGAGUGAACAAGUAGCAAAUAUUAACAGAAUGAUCAUACAAAGUAUUUUAAGUAUGGGUCAUAGACCCCAAAGAAUGAGGCCAUUUUGGAGGCCGAGUGUGGAUGAAGCGGGCAACAGUCAUCUUCAAUUAUAUCAUCGCCAGCCUCAGAACUUACCAUUCACAAAUCCUAAUUUACCAAUCAAUGGUCAAAGAACAAGAAUACAAGUGUAUGUUGAUAAUGUGUGGGCUGUACCAUUACCUAAUAUAGAUGACCGUUUUAGACAUGGUACCAUAGCCUUCUAUCGAAAUCAUCCAACACAAAUGCACAGAUUGCGUACAUUCGUUCUUAGAGAUCUUGUAGCCAUAAGGGAAUCUGUUAGAUUUGAAGGUCAGCCCGUGUAUUACCCUGCCAACACUGAUUUGCAUGCGACAAAUUUGAUAAUAUCAUCACUUCCAAAUUGUGAAAUAAGACGGUUACAUUUGAUCGAAAACUUAAGGAGUUUUCUGAGUGUGCAUGGAGUACACUUUUGCCACGAACUGUACAAUUUUGCUCAGAGUAUAUUUGAAAUUGGUGACUAUGAUAACCAUGUUCAAUAUUCACAUACUAUUCAGGAUACUGAUUUUAAUGCUUUAUUUCAAGAUGAACAAUCUAUACCAAUCCAUGUUGUACAGAAUUCAAAUAAUGAAGAACUUCAAAGCCCAAAUAUAAUAGAAGAUAGUUCUAGCUCCGACUCUGAGAACAACUCUGAUGUUGAAAUUAUAAGUGUCUCCUUCCGUACUACCGAUCCACUUAAUUCGGACUCUAUUAACCAACCAUCUACAUCUACUGGAAUUCGAGAUUCAUUAGAUAGACCAAACAAUAGUUGUCAAUCCGUAAAUGGUGGAUUAUCUCAAGUGUCAUAUUCAUCUCGAGUAAAAAGAGGCAGGCCCAAUUCAGAUGAAUCAGACGAUGAAGAAUCAAGAAUUGCUACUCAAGGUUCUCAAACUGCUAAUUUAAAAUCUCGAGAUGUUAAUAACAAAAAGAAAAAGAAACACUAAUGAUUCACGGUUUGAAAUCAGUAAUCAAAGUACCAACCGGAAUCGUUUAUAUCCAAGAUCAUCUUCAUCUUCGGGAGAAACAUAUAAAAAACCUAUUAAGAGUUGUAUUCUACCGAUAAAGUACUAUAAACUAGUAUUAAUUUAUCAAAAAAAAGAAUGUAAAAUAUAUAUUAUGUAAUCACAGUAGAAAUUAAAAUUGUCAAUCUAAGUAAACAGGAAUAGACAAUUUAUGUAUAUGAUUUUAUUUAUUUUUUCUUAUUAAAUAAUUUACGCUUGAA